AUGGAUUCUCUAGUAUCACAAUACAGCACACCUGCUUACGAGCAAGAAGCUCCUCAAGAAGACCAGAUGGAGUUAUACCAACCAGCUCCUGGCUUAUCUUUGAAAUUCGCCAUGCCUCCUGUCGCACAUCCAUCUGCUUGGCUCCGAGCAGCUACUGAUGACCAUGCGAACCCAAACUGUCCCAUUAAGAUCGCACACGGUACCACAACUUUAGCAUUUAGAUUUCAAGGUGGAAUUAUUGUAGCGACAGAUUCAAGAGCAACGGCAGGCAACUGGAUCGCAAGUCAAACUGUUAAGAAGGUCAUUGAGAUUAACAACUGUUUAUUGGGCACAAUGGCUGGUGGUGCUGCUGAUUGUCAAUACUGGCUCGCAUAUCUUGGUAUGCAAUGCAGACUUCACGAACUUCGUCACAAACGCCGCAUUUCCGUCGCAGCUGCUUCUAAGAUUCUUGCAAACCUCGUUUAUAGAUACAAGGGUAUGGGAUUGUCCAUGGGAACUAUGUGUGCAGGUGUCACCAAAGAAGAAGGGCCCGCACUUUACUACAUCGAUUCCGAUGGAACAAGAUUGAGUGGAAACCUCUUUUGUGUUGGGUCCGGUCAAACCUUCGCAUAUGGUGUUUUGGAUGCCGAAUACUCAUACGAUUUGAGCGAGGAAGCAGCCUUGGAGUUGGGAAGAAGAAGUAUCUUGGCUGCUACACACAGGGACGCCUAUUCUGGAGGUUUCAUCAAUUUGUACCACGUCAAGGAAGAUGGAUGGGUUAAGCACGGAUUCAAUGAUACCAACCCAAUAUUCUGGAAGACGAAGUUGGAGAAGGGUGAAUUUUCUAAUGUUACUAGCGAGCUGGUUUAA